GGUGCGCUUUCACAUUUCAGUGUCUAUCUGUCACUCGAAUACUGCAAAACACAACCGUGUGCUUGUGCACAAUAAAUAAAAGAAAGCCCAUAUAUUUUUUUUAGUGAAUAAUUUAAGUGAUGUUUUGGCCAAAUCUUCCGUGAAAAUAGGCUUUUUUCUUUAUUACCCAAGAAUCUCGCAAUUUGAAUCUCAUUUUUUUGUGAAGUCUUGAGGUGUUUUAGGGUGAAAUAUUAAGCAGUGUGUGCAGUGAUCUAACGUCAAAAUUUUACUGGAGCCUGCCUGCAUCCAAAACCAUGUAUUUUCCAAGGAUUUAUUAAAGGCGGAAUUUCGUUCUCUCAAUGAGAUGGGACGACUAUAGGAUGCAGCGUAAUACUUAAUUCAAAUAAGGCUUUGGAGUAUAAUCUCAUGGCCCGAUGGCAUCAUCCUGCGGCCGAGCGCACGCAAUUAAAGCGGCGUUGUUGGUCGGAUUUAUCUUGGUGGUGCUCCUCAAUUUCUUCAGCUACCACUAUGAUGUUAAGUUUGACAAAUUAACCCACAUCCAAACUCUAUCUCACACAAGUUCUCCACUACUGUGGCCAAAGCGAACACGCUCCAGUUCCGAAGUGGCCAACAUAACGCACUCACAGUCAAGUACCUCAGCCUCAGUUAAUGCAACAGCUGCUUCCCCUAUCGCCAAUUCUUCCGCCAUCUCCGUGGAAGAUGCUAAAUCAGCAGGAAAUACAUCAACUACAGCAUCACUCCCGCACAUUCUCAAUGAGACCCUCCCGAUGGAUUUGGAGCACUUCACGAAGGCACCAAAGCGCACUGAUGUCACCACGCGCAGUACAAAGUUCUUCAAGAACAUAAUGACGAAUCUCGGGCUCAAUGCCUGCCCACCAGCACCACCGGAUCUCGAGGGGCCCAUUGAGGUGAAUCUCACAUCGGACACAAUGAGCAGUAUUGAGAGAUGGUUGGCGCCAAAGCUAAAACCUGGCGGUUGGUAUCGCCCAACAGAGUGCAAUGCCAAGGAUCACGUGGCCAUUGUCGUGCCCUUCCGAGAUCGUGAACCACACCUGCCUAUCUUCCUGAAGAACCUCCAUCCCUUCCUGCAGCGCCAACAGGUGAACUAUGGGAUCUUUGUGGUGGAACAAACCACGGGGAAUCUCUUCAAUAGAGCCGCUCUUAUGAAUGUUGGCUUCAAGGAAGCCUCCAAAAUGGCAAAUUGGGAUUGUUUUAUCUUCCACGAUGUUGAUCUUUUACCCAUGGAUGAUCGCAAUCUCUACGUCUGCCCCGAUCAACCGCGUCAUAUGUCCGUUGCAGUGGAUACCUUUGGAUUCAAACUGCCAUAUAGCACAAUUUUCGGCGGGGUGUCCGCAAUGACGACAAAACAAUUUCGUGCGGUCAAUGGAUUCUCAAAUUCCUUUUGGGGUUGGGGCGGUGAGGACGAUGACAUGUCGAAUCGCUUGAAGCAUAUGGGUUUCCACAUAGCCAGGUAUCCCAUUAACAUUGCUCGCUACACAAUGCUGACGCAUAAGAAGGAGAAGGCAAACCCGAAGCGCUAUGAGAAAUUAGUAACUGGAUCUAAGCGCUUUGAAACGGAUGGGCUCAAUUCGGUACGAUAUAGCGUAAAGGAUAUCCAAAAGAAGCCACUCUACACGUGGAUUUUGGUGGAAAUUCAAGAUGUAAGUAAUGCGGAAAUUUUUUUUUUUUUUAGUAAAUCAUUUUUACAUUAAAAUGUCUCGCACUUUUCCAGGGAAGCUGAUAAAAUUGGAAAUGGUUUUGGAAGUUUGGAUUGGGUUAAUUCCACGUGAGAACGUUGAAUCUCAUCUACACCUUUUUUUGUAUAAAUUGCAAUUUAUGUUAGUUUUAGUGAAUGUUAAAAGAAAAAAAUAAAUUGUGUGAUAAAAUAAAAUUUAAUUGAUGUAGAAAUGUCUGAGAAAAACAAAACAGAUUCAAUCUGUUGUUGAUAUUAGUAGAUUUAAAAGAAAUGCGUUGAACAAAUUUUUUUCAUGUGAUUUUUUCAAGAAAUUAGGAAUAAUUUUGCAAAAAAAAACAAUUUCCUCAUUUUCUUUAAACUUCCAAAACUGAAAAAAAAAUAUUAUUAAAAAUAAAAAGAGCUGCUUUAUAUUAUUUUUUAAAGUAAAUAUUAAAUAUUUAUCUUCCCAAAAUGUGAGCCAUAGAAUAGAACAAAAAAUAACAAUUUUAUGCUGGAAAAUAAAUUUGUAUGAUAGAAACUCAUAAACACAUCAUAAAAAAUCAAUUAAAAUUGAAAAAUAUCGAAAUAUUAUUAAAAAACAUUUUAUUCUAUCAAUUGGAAUGUUGAUUAUUGAUAUAAUGAAAAAUAUAAUUAGAAAUUAUAGGUUUUAGUCUAGGUCGAGGUACCUACCCUUUCUGAUUUUUCUUUUCUAAUGCAAUUUGGAAUACAACAUUUCUAAAUUACUUCAAUAAAAUGAAUAAAAUUUCUCCGCCAAAAGCUGCAGCCCGUCUUGCUAAAAUAAAAGAAAAAUAAAACUCAAUUUAAUCUCAAAUAAAAAAUAUUCUAUCUUCUACUACCUAUAGUUACAGAAAAAACUCCCAUUUUGUAUAAACAAACUGUAUUUUAUAAAUUAUCCAAAUUUAAUUGCAAAGAAAAUACUCCAAAAUCCUAAUAUUUGAAAAACUAUUAAAACAAUCAAAAAUAAUUUAUUACUAAAAACGAAGAUGCUGUGCAAUAAUCUUUGAAAAUUUCCUAAAAAGAAAACAACAUUCCACAUGUUAAUUUUAAAAUUAUCAUAAAUAUUGAAGAAAGGAGAUUUUUCAUUUGUUCAUUCGAAUGGAAUCGGGUUACGGUUAUUUUGUAAAGAAUCAAUAUAAGAAAUCGCCCGAGAAAUUUCUUAUUUUUCCAAUGGAACAGAAUGAGAAAAGCCUGAAAAGAUUUGCUUAAAAAUGCAAAAACUGACGUCACUCUUGUUUCUUGUCUGUUUCAAUGCAUGAAACAUUCGUUGUGAUGUUUCAUCGAUUUUUUUUCAAAUUAUUUUAUACUUCAUGAAUUGAAAAAGACAAAAAAAUCUGAAUUGCUUUUAUUUUUAACCCUUUCGCGUUCUGUGGGUCCUAUGUUGAUCCAAAUGUCAAACAUUUCGUUACCCGAAUUUUAAUGAAUUUUAUUAUUUUUCAAAAUUAGAAUUGCGUUGAAUUUACGGAAACAAGGCCAAAAUAUACGUUCUGUCUGACCUUUGAGAGCAGUCACAGAUUAAAUUUCAUGAUAAAAAGACCGCAUGUUUCAAAGUUUCUAUAAUUCAUGCGGACGCGAAAGGGUUAAACAAAUAUUGAGCCUUAUUCAGCGGCCGAGAAAUCCUUGAAAUCUUUGAAAUUUUAAGAUUUCAAGCGAAUUUCAAUGAUUUCUUGGUCGCUGAAUAAACUCCAUAUUUGAAUUUUCUCUGAUGAUUCCAGUGGAAAAAUAUAAAUUCGAUUAGCAAUUUCUAAACCUCUUCUGAUCCCCGACAAAAUUAAUACGCGAAUGAAUAAACUCCUUUUCUUAAUUAAGAAUAUUCUUUAAGCACUUACACUUCUUUAUUCGAAUUUUACGAAGUAAAAAAAAUGAAGAAAGGUGAAGACGUGAAUAUCAAGAAAAAACCACGUCAAUUAAAAAAAUCAAGAUCAUUGUAAAAAAAGAAUUAAAUUUAUCAAAAUUUUUAGUUAAAAAUUUAUUUCAAAGUUUCUUUUGUUACAUUUGGGUUAAUUCUACCCAUUUUUAUUUUUUAAUUCUCCUCUUUUCUUAUUCGAAUCUCAAAAUAAGUGAAAAUAUGAAGAGGCCAGUCUACUUAAAGUAGAUUAAACAUCUAUAAUGAUAUUACUUACCUAUACCUACUCUUUUAAUGCAUGAUAGAUACCAUUAUCAUUGAUAUUAAGUGCCAUGUUGAAGUGAAAAAUGCAUUAAAAGUUACUUUGUUGGCCAAGUUUGGAAAGAGAUACGAGAAAACAUAGAAAUAAUGAAAUUUCGUAGUAAAAUAAUAUUAUACUAAAAAAGAAAAGAAAUAGCUGGGAUAAAAUCAAAUAAAACAAUGACAAGAAUUAAAAGAAAUAUUUUCUGAUAAUGAAGAAAAAAAUUCAAUAGAAAGCGCAAAUUUUUGUAGAAAAUUCUCUACUAAAGCUAAUGUAGAAUGGUUCAAUGAAAAACGUUCAAAAUGCAAAUAAAAUGUGAAGAAGAAGAAAUAAAUACCAGACAUACAAUAAAGAGAAAAAAUGUAAUCUAUAGGUGAGAUUGUAAAGAAUUCCAUAAACUAAUGAAAUAAAUUUACUGAACUGAUGUGAUAAGAAAAUUUCAUAAUAAAAAAAGAUAUAAAAUAAUAUAUAAAAAUGAUAUAUUACAGACACAUCAGUAUUAAUAAAUAGCAAAAAACCAUUUAAAUAAACUUUCAGAAGAAGACCAAAA